ACCAAUGUAAAAGAGAAGAAAAAAAAAAGUGUGCAAGCUUGACUGGCAUGCACCAAACUUGACAAAAUAAGGCUGUUUGGUGACUUGGUCCGGUGUAAGUGUAAUUGUACGUAACCACACCGAACGACAUCGUUGGACACUGUCGUUUGAUCCUCGUCUACCUUAUAGAUCUCACCAUGUGUGCAAGCAAGCAAGAUCUUUUAAGCAGCAAGAAAAAACUGCGAAAGUGAAGCUUGUUUUGUUCUGCAUCAGAAGAAUCAUAUUCAGACUUUUUUUUUUCUCUCUCUGUCCCCAAAACACAGAACACUCCACAUUCAACCACAUUCUGCUCAUUAAUACAUACCCUUCACUCUCUUAACCCAAAACACCAUCUUCCACAGUUUGCCUCUCUCUCUCUUAAACUAUUCCAUUUUAAGCUCCCUUUAUAUUAAAUCACCAUGAAAGCCUGCAUUUUCUGGAACCGUCUACAAAACCCAUGUCUAAAGUUUCAAUCUUUCAUCUUCUUCUGCUCUGUCACUGUCCUCAUUUGCUUCACUGAACCGAAACUCUGCUCCCCUCAAACCCAAACACUUGUUUUACCCCUCAAAACUCAACAAAUUCCAUCUGGGUCCCUCCCAAAGUCCCCAAACAGGCUUCCCUUUCAUCACAAUGUCACCCUCACAGUCUCUAUCACAGUGGGAACGCCUCCACAGAACGUUUCGAUGGUCAUCGACACUGGAAGCGAGCUCUCUUGGCUUCACUGCAACAAAACCCGAAACUUUAACAACACUUUCGACCCGACCCGGUCCUCCUCCUACUCGCCCGUCCCGUGCUCGUCAUCCACCUGUACGACCCGGACCCAAGACCUCACCAUACCCGCUUCCUGCGACUCCAACCAGCUCUGCCACGCCAUUCUUUCCUACGCUGACGCCUCGUCCAACGAAGGAAAUCUCGCCUCCGAUACGUUUUAUAUCGGAAGCUCCGGAAUUUCGGGUUUGGUUUUCGGGUGCAUGGACACAACCUUCAGCUCCAACACGGACGAAGACGCGAAGACCACCGGGUUAAUGGGUAUGAACCGCGGGUCUCUCUCGUUCGUUUCCCAAAUGGGAUUUCCGAAAUUUUCAUACUGCAUUUCGGGUUCCGAUUUUUCGGGCCUGUUAUUGCUCGGAGACUCUAACUUCUCUUGGAUCGCACCGUUAAAUUACACCCCAUUGGUUCAAAUCUCGACCCCAUUGCCGUACUUUGACCGCGUCGCUUACACUGUCCAGCUUGAAGGCAUCAAAGUUUCGGACAAAUUGCUUCCGAUACCGAAAUCGGUUUUCGUACCGGACCAUACCGGGGCGGGUCAAACCAUGGUUGACUCGGGAACUCAGUUCACUUUCCUUCUCGGCCCGGUUUACACCGCUUUGAGAGACGAGUUCUUGAACCAGACCUCAAAGAUUCUCAGCGUUUUGGAUGAUCCAAACUUUGUUUUCCAAGGCGCCAUGGAUUUGUGCUACUGGGUUCCGCCGGGUCAACCGAGACUGCCGCCAUUGCCUUCUGUGAGCUUAAUGUUUCGGGGGGCCGAAAUGAAGGUAUCGGGUGGCCAGUUGCUGUAUCGGGUACCGGGUCAAGUGAGGGGAAAUGAUACGCUGCAUUGCUUCACAUUUGGGAACUCUGACCUUUUGGGCGUGGAGGCGUACGUGAUUGGUCAUCACCAUCAGCAAAACGUGUGGAUGGAAUUUGAUCUCCAAAACUCUAGGAUCGGUUUGGCUCAGGUGCAGUGUGAUUUGGCGGGUCAGAGAUUCGGUCUCAGUGUAUAGUUCCCCGCUCUUGAUGGUCUGGGUCCCACACAUCAGAGCCUUUUAAUUGCACGGUUAGAUUACUGUGUGUAGCUGAGGACCAUGGUAUUUACAGUGGUGUGGUCCUGUCGACAAUAUCAUCGUCCUCUUUGGCCUACCGUCAGAUGUGCGGACCAUUUUGAUUGGGCGAGGAGAGUAGAUUAAAUAGAUCAUAGAUGUGUGUGUGUGUUUUUUUUUUGUUGCAA